UCAGUUCAUCUGUUUUACCCAAAAUCUCAAAUGCUGCCCCAUGAUUUGCCCAAAUCCCAUUCUUAGCGGAGAAUAAAAAUGGCGGGUAAUUCAAAUCUCCCAAGCACAUACUCACUCACACGCACAAAGAAAAACAAGCGGAGAGCGUUAGAAACUGAGAUGGCAAAGCGGCGUAGGAGAAACUAUGCGGACGAAAAUGGAUAAACUUAGGUUAAAAUUGAGGUUCCCAUUCGAAACCAGUCGAUUCAACCAAGGCCCAAUUAUGUAAGGAACUCUUCAAUUCCUGGGUAUGUUUUCCCCCAAUUGCUAAUUUGAAGUCUCUCUUUUAUUGUGAAGAAUUAAUAUCAUCAUCUUUCAUCUGGUUAUGGUAGCCAAAAAGUAUGCAACAGUUGUUGCUUGUGCCUGUUUGUUUUGGUAUAUGACCUACGUAUAUAUAUUUGGGACUUCGAAACUCACUUGCCCGACUAAUUUAGUUUGGCUAACCAUAUAGAGCUAGCUCAUUUUAAGGGAGAAGUUUUUCAUUCUCAGGCUCAAACACGAUACAUCUAGUUAAUGAUAUAUAAUUUAGGGGUUGAUAUACUGCUGCAGCAGAGCUGGGACUAUGAGUUGGUACACUCUAGAUGGGUACAUCAUGUUAUAUAUUUCAUUUUUUUUUACUUUUAGGAUUUGAACAAAUCGAUUAGACAUCUCGUCUAAUUUACAACAAGAUCGUAUCCUGUAAUUCACUAUCUUAGAAGUUGACUAGUAGUAACAUAAUUAAAUGUGGCAAAGGAAAGUUCGCUACCAAUCAUAAAUAAAAGAUUUUUAAUUUACGGUUCAUACUUGCUGAUUCGAUGGAAACCUUAGGCUACAAAUACAUUGGAUGAAGAGGAAACAAAAUUCGUUUUUAGAAAAUAAAAUACGUAGAACUAUGAAAAAGAGAUCGGGGAAAAAAACAUUUCACAGGAAAAUGGGAGGAUAUGCGUAAGUUAUAAGUUGGAAUUAGACAUUAAUUUUGUGUUUCAAAGUUAUGUUUUCAUCCCCUUAAGAUGCUGCAGGAAAAAAGUUAAUUUUUACAGAGCAAGUGUUGUCUUUUUUUCUCUCAACAUGUUUUCACGAUAUUAGUUGACCUUUCCUAAAUAGAUUGUCUUAAUUCAUCUUGGUUUUCUUUUAAGGCAGAGGAAAGAAAAAGGACAAAUGCUUUUGAGUUGAUUUUCUAUUGAAGCCAGCUACUUUUCAUAUAUUUUCUGUUUAAUCUACUUUCAUUAUACUGCUAAUUGUUGAGUUCCUUAGACCGUAAUUUCUUAUUGUGCUCUUUCCAAGUUGUUGGUUCCAUCGAACGCAAGAUUUUUCUCCCUAACUCUUUCUCUAGAUUGUCAUUUUUUCCUGCGCUCCUUCCAAGUUGAACUAUAGUUAUAUAAGCUGCCUUUAAUAUUCUGGAAUUUUUGUUUUCUCAGUUAAUAAAUAGACACUCUUCGAUUUGUGAACUUGAUGGUUGAUUACAAAUGUAUUGUAACUCUUUUAGUUACUGUUUUAUUGUCAUGUAGUUAUUCAGAUCUAAUGAUUUUUUGUAUUUUUUUGUGUAGAGCUAUUUUAUUUCCAUGUGAAAUGACAAAUAAUAUCCAUAUGAUCGUAUAUGAUAGAAGUUUCCUUUGAUAUGUCUAAAGUCUAAUGUCAAUGGGAUAAUUAAUAGAUCCAUGUGAUACAAUAAUUUUAUAUCCAUGUUAUAUGACUAUUUCUAAUGGUGAAAGAUGACAUUUAUAAUUCUUUGUCCUUGGACUCUAUCAUCUUUAAUAUUAUACUUACUAAGAAAUGUAAAUUGCUAUAAACUUGUCAUUGCACAUGAUAACAAAAGGAAUCUCGUGCCACAUGCAUUCCAUACUUUAAUUACUCUAUUUUUAUACUCUAAUUCUGGAAUUCAAAAUUCUGAAAAAGGGUAACUAGAUCAUCUCUCCUUCGGUUGUAUGCUUUUAGCUGAAAAAAUUGCAGACUUGUUGCUUUUAGUCGAUUUUUCUUUUAGUACUAGUCGUUAACUUAUGUGCCUUCCUUGAGCAUCUCAUAUCAGUUGUUGAGAAAUUUGCAUCUGAAAAGUAUAACUUUUAACUGCAUACAUAGUCUUCCAAUAUUUGUUUAAGCUGUAAAACUUCAUUUUAGUUGACCAAUCCUAACAUUAAUCAAAUAUAAGUUGACCAAUCCUCAAUGAAAAGAACUUACCCUUUAGCAGGGUCAAGAGCCAUUUGAAACAGAAAAAAUAAAAAAGAAUGAUUUGGUAAAUGAUGAUGCUCUUUGUCCUUAAUUAAAUUCAACUGUAACGUGACAAUUAAUGCAAAUUGCUGAUACAAAAUUUGAAUGGAAAUUUAUUGAGUGGUUAUAUGAUAGCUGGAAACUAAUAUAAAAUUCCAAACAAAGAGGAAAGAAAAGAACCUCCUGAGUAGUAUAAUAUUUUGUUCUCUAUGAAAAGGCUUAGUAGUAUCAAACAUCUAAUUUGCUCCUUCUUCCCCUUUGCAGUUCAACUUCAUCACAUUUUCUUUUAAUCACUCACAAAUGUCUCCUAACCAAUAUCUGUCUUCAUUAAAUGGUCUUUUUGAACAUCUGCAACAACUUGACAAUAUUUCGAGAGAAAUAUUCCAGUUCUUUAUGCAUCAAUUCAAAUUCCUGGAUAUUUUUCUCAGUUUGCAGAGCUUCAAAGAUGAACCCGACAUGCUAGAUAUCAGUCAGAAAGUCCAAGCACUCUUUCAAGAUGCUCUAGUUGACUUUUCUGAAUUACACCUAGCUGAGUACUUCAAUUUUUGUAUCUUUAAGGUACAAAACAAGAUUUGGUUGAUUAAGAUGGAAAUUAGAGCCAAAUACUCCUUUCCUAAAAUAUCAUCAUUACCAUUAAUUUCAGCCAAGAAGAAUGGUAGUGAUAUUCCCAAAUUUGUAAUGGAUUUCAUGGAUACUGUGGUGGAGAUUCUUCGUGAUCUAGUCGAUGAUCCUUGCUCAUCACUUCUUUAUGUUCCAGAAACUAAUGAACAUGUUGAAGAUGUUUUAAAGGAAUUGAAACUGCUGCGAACUUUUGUUUGCUUUGUCUCAGAGAGGUUCAUAGAGCCUCAGAGCCAACAUCUUGCUAAUUUCUUCACUCAUGUUUUGGCUGUGGCCGGCCAUGCAUCAAUGCUUGUCUGGUUGUAUUUUUCAAGCUAUGGCUACGAAGAUCGAGAUGUGGCUGUUCUAGGUGAAAUCAAUGUUUUCCUUUUCUUGCAAAUGAAAUUUAAGCCCAUUCAGCCAAGCAUCCGCAAGAUCUACAUUGCACUCCUGGAAGUUUUAAAGUCGAGAAUACAAUCAGGAUGGUGUCCCAACAUCCAAAAUCAUGAACAUGCAGCUGACAGUGAAGCCAACUUUUUGGAGACUAUCCAACAGGAUUUGGCGGAGCUGCCAACUAAUAGUAACUUCAGUCAGAGUGAUGCUUUGAAGGAUCAAUUGGUAAUCCUAAAAGAGAUGCUCGACAUCUUGAGAGCCGAUAUCAUCCAUGUGCCAAUACGAGAUCUUGAAGUUCUUCUUCGAGAUAUUGACACUUUCAUUAUUGAUGUUGGACUCGUGGUUUACUCAUUAUAUAAAGGUGAGGAGGAGGAGAAGGAAGUCGUGGCAGUGGGAGAAGUGAAUCCUGCACUAGUUCUUGAUUUGUUGGGAAACAUUCAAAAAAUAAUUAUCACGGAGAAACUCAUGCCCAUUCGGAAGGCGUUUCAUUCUAAUUACUUGCCAAGAAUUCAUGGGCUAGGCUACGUUGAUUUCAUUUUAAAAAACCUGAAAGAGUUCCAAAGCCGCCAUUUAGAUUCACUAGCUUCUACCACGAAGCUACUUCAAAGGAUUCAGAAGGAACUCGAGAGCUGGCAACCUUUUCUAGAGUCUGUUGCAGAAGAGCAACACAAUGACAUCGACAAAAUUCAACGUUGUGCUACACAAUUGAUUGGCAAAGCAUAUGAGAUAGAAUACCUAAUUGAUGCGUGUAUAUGCGAAAAAGCUCCUGUAUGGUGCCUCGAACAUUGGUUCUUGGAUAUCGUGGAGGACACCAUUCUUGUCAAAGAUGAGGUUACAGAGAUUCAUGAAAAGAAAAUGGUUGAGGAUGCAUUAAUAAACACUGUCACAACUCGUACAACAUCAAAUUUGGAAAGGUCUCCAAGGAUGAAUGAAGAAAUUGUGGGUUUUGACGAUGUUGUAGAAAAUUUAAGAGAACAACUAGUUAAAGGCACCAAAGGGCGAGAUGUUAUAUCGAUUGUUGGUAUGCCGGGUCUAGGCAAGACGACUCUGGCAUAUAGACUCUACUCUGACAGGUUAGUUGUUUCUCACUUUGAUAUUCGUGCUGAUUGUUGUGUGUCUCAAGUGUAUUCACGUAAGAACUUGUUAUUGGCGAUUCUACGUGAUGUUAUCAGUGAGAACUCUGAAUUUAGAGAAAAGAAAGCUGAUGAAUUAGCUGAUCUGCUGCGCAAAGCUUUAUUUUCGAAAAGAUAUCUUAUCCUUGUUGAUGAUGUGUGGGAAGCUAGUGUGUGGGAUGAUUUAAUCUGUUGUUUUCAAGAUGCCAACAAUGGAAGUAGAAUCAUUCUAACAACACGAAAUCAUGAAAUUGCUGAGUACGCCAAAUUUCAAAGUAAUCCCUUUUCGCUUCGUAUGUUUAACAAUGAAGAAAGUUGGAAGUUACUUAGAAAAAAAGUAUUUGGGGAAGAAAGCUGCCCUUCUCUGCUAAUGAAUAUUGGGCGACAAAUAGCAGAAAAGUGUGGCCAAUUGCCUCUUUCAAUUGCUUUGGUGGCUGGUGUUCUAGCAGAAGUGGAGAAGAAAGAAGAAUGUUGGGAACAAGUGGCCAAUAAUUUAGUUCCUCACAUUCACAACGACUCAAGGGCCAUAAUAGAAAAUAGUUAUCAGAUUUUACCCUAUCAUUUAAGGUCUUGCUUUCUUUACUUUGGAGCAUUUUUAGAGGACAAUGUAAUUAAUGUUUCGAAGUUAAUACGGUUGUGGAUCUCAGAAGGAUUCGUAAAAGGUUGUGAAGGCAAGAGUUUGGAGGAUAUAGCAGAAGGUUAUUUGGGGAAUCUUAUUGGAAGAAAUCUAGUGAUGGGAACUAAGAGGAGUUUUAGAGGUAAGAUUAAAGCAUGUCGUAUUCAUGACCUAUUGCAUGAUUUCUGCAAGGUGAGAGCAAAGGAAGAGAAUCUUGUCCAAUGGAUGAAAUGGGAACAAACUGCCAAUCCUUCUUCCAACAUUUCCUGCCUCGAGCAACUUGCUCAUCGCAUGUCCAUUUAUGGUAAAUGGUAUCGUAUUGGAGAAUGGAGCACGUGUUGGUCACGUGUUGGCUCCAUAAUUUUGCUUAAUGAUUGCCUUGCAUUUGAUAUUGUCUCCCAAAUUUUUUACAGCUUUAAGUUUCUAAAAGUGUUGGAUUUGCAGUUCACUACUAUUGAUUCUUUCCCAACCGAUCUAGUUUACUUGAGAUAUUUUGCUGCACAAACUCAUAAAUCGUUGGACAUAUCAAUCAUAACCAAUUGUUGGAACCUCGAGACUUUGAUAUUACACAAUUAUGGAGCGAUGUCACUGCCCCUUACACUCUGGAAUAUGGUUAAUUUGAGAAAUUUGCAUAUUUUCCGUUGCAGCUUCAAUAUAAAAUAUGCAAAAUAUUCACUCGAGAACUCGAAAAGCCUUUAUGGUUUGAGAACUUUUUCGGCUCCAUAUUUUUCUUGUGUCGAGGAUGCGGAAUUGAUUUUGAGAAAAACACCUAAUCUUCGGGAACUCAAAUGCACAUUCCUAGAUGAGGAUGUUGACAAAUUUCGGUACUAUGUAUUGAAUUUUCCAACCGAGAUUGAGACGCUGAAGAUUUAUUGCCCAUACUUUUGCAAAUUAACCAUCCCCUUUUGCAUCUCCGCACCAAAUCUCAAAAACUUGACAUUAGAGAGGUAUUGCCUGCAUCCUCAGCACUUGUCAACAAUUGCGUUGCUUCAGAAUCUUCAAGUACUCAAAAUGAAAAGCAUUAAAUUUGAGAAGAAGGUAUGGGAAGUGAGCAAUGGCGACUUCCCUGAACUCAAAGUCUUGAAACUACAAGAAAUAUUUUGCUUUGAAGAAUGGGAUGUCACAGAUGACGAGGCCUUUCCAAAGCUUGAACGCUUGGUUUUGCGUGAAUGCGAAUAUCUUAAGGAGAUCCCUUCUGCUUUUGGAGAGAUCUCUUCUCUAAAGUACAUUGAGGUAAGGAAAUGCCCCGAAUCCGUUGACAAGUCAGCCAGGGAUAUUCGAGAAAUACAAGUUGAAGAUUAUCAGAAUACUGGCUUCGAGAUCUUUAUCCGUGAGAGACGAAAAUACCAACUCUUACUCAGGAAAAUAUGUGAAACCAUUAAAAAGCAGCAGUCAAACUAAGGUGCAGUUGGAGACAAUGUCAGGAGAGAAAGGAAAAGAUUGUGCAGCUUUUGGUCCCAAGCAAAAUUAUAGUACUAUAAUUGGUGUCAUAGAAGAAUUGUGUACUGUAAAAUAUUUUGAGAUUUAAAUAUACAAUUAUGUGUACCUUGGAAACCUAUUUUGGAAUCUAAGGAUUCUUAGCUACAUUAUAAAAAUUCUUGUGACUACCAAUACUUGUGGCAAAUUCUUCAAUAUGUAGUAAUGUAAUUUUUUUUUA